GGUCACUAACAGCAUCAGUUUCAGCGUUUACUUCCAACUGUAAAGUACCUCCACUGAAGUUUAAGAACGACAUCACAUAACAAAAUGAAAUUCUUCAUUGCUUUCGCUCUUUUGGCCGUAGCUGCCGCCGAUGUCAGCCACUUGUCCAAGAAAUAUUUGCCACCCCAACAGACCAGCGUUGAGACCAGCUAUUCCGUUCCAGUUGCCACUUUCCAACAGAGCUACAAUGCUCCAGUUCAAGCCGAAUACUCUGCUCCUGCCCCCGUCACUGAAUAUUUGCCUCCUGUUCAACAACAAACUGUUCAACAAUCCUACUCUGUUCCAGCUGUCCAACAAACUUACUCUGUCCAACAAACCUACUCUGCCCCAGCUGUCCAACAAACCUACUCUGCUCCCAGUGUAAGCUACUCUGCCCCAUCUGUCCAACAAGCCUACUCUCCUCCCAGUGUUAGCUACUCUGCCCCAGCUGUCCAACAAACCUACUCCGCUCCCAGCGUUAGCUAUUCUGCUCCCUCCAUCAGCUACUCUGCUCCCUCCGUCAGCUACUCUGCUCCUUCUGUGAGCUACUCUGCUCCUUCCGUAAGCUACUCUGCUCCCUCUGCUAGCUACUCGGCUCCAGCUACCAACUAUGCUCCAUCCGUGAGCUACUCUGCCCCUGCCGUUACCUACUCUGCCCCAGCUGUCCAGACCACCUACUCUGCCCCAGCUGUCCAAACUAGCUACUCUGCCCCAGCUGUCCAGACCACCUACUCUGCCCCAGCUGUCCAGACUACCUACUCUGCUCCAGCUGCCACUGGUACUCAAUAUGCUGCCAACGGUGGCUACAUUUACAAGAAGAAGUUUUGGCAGUGGGAAAAGUUAAGCGAAAUGGGUGCUCGUCUGUUUAUUUUGGGAGUUUUGGUGGCCUUGGCUGCGGCCGAUGUUAAGGAAUUGUCGCGGGAAUAUUUGCCACCCAAGAUGGCUGUUGCCGUAAACCGCGAAUACCUGCCACCAGCUGAGGAGCCUAGUGUGUCCCAGUUUGUUAGUGUUCAAGAACCUACCACCAAGUUAACCCCAAUUGUGGAGGUACAAACUCCAAGUGUCAAGAUUGAGGAGGAUGUACCUCAAAUUCCUGAACCGCAACACGAUGAAAUUGAAAAUAACAACAUUGAAUUGCCAACAUUGAAUUUGAGACAAGGUCCAUUCCCCGGCGGUUUCCCUGGUGCUUUCCCCGGUGGCUUCCCCGGCGGCAAUUUCCCUGGUGCUGUUCCUGGUGGCUUCCCAGCGGCAUAUCCAGCAUAUCCUGGUUUCCCUGGCCAAGGUUUCCCCGGACAAGGUGGUUUCCCUGGAUUUGGUUUCCCAGGUCAGAAUUUCGGUUAUCCCGGCCAAGGAUUUGUCAAUCCCGGUUUUAAUGGUUUCCCUCGUCCCAAUGCUUUCCCAGGUUUUGGUAACUUCUUUUCCGAACAAAUUAAGGAGGAGAACAACAACUCCGACAGCCAAGCUCAAAAUGGUGACCUGAGCCUGCGUGAUGCCACCAACAGCGAAACUGUUUACGACAAAGAAAACGGUGGUUAUCUCUAUAACAAACCAGUUAAAACUUUGUAAACAAAAAAAUUUUUUGAAUUACGAAUCAAAUGUUGAUGGCUACAAAA